GUUUCUAUUUGGCAUGCAUGUAGUUGAAGAAGCCAGAUCCAAUGGUGGUAGCUACGAAACUACUAGCAAGGAGAAAGUUCAUAGACACAGGGAAGCAAUUUAACAUAAUUGCAGCUUCUUGGAUUCAGUUUAUGAUUCAUGAUUGGAUCGAUCACUUGGAGGGAACCGACCAGAUUGAGUUGAAAGCACCCAGAGAAGUAAAAAGCCAAUGUCCCCUAAAAUCAUUCAAGUUCUACAAGACAAAGGAAGUUCCCACCGGCUUUUACGAGAUUAAGACUGGCCAUAAGAACAUUCGUACUCCUUGGUGGGAUGGAAGUGCAAUUUAUGGUAGCAACACAGAAUGGCUGAAUAAAGUAAGAACAUUCAAAGAUGGAAAGCUGAAAAUAUCGGAAGACGGGCUUCUUCUUCAUGACGAAAAUGGCGUUGCGAUUUCCGGAGAUGUUCGUAAUAGUUGGAUUGGUGUCUCCACUUUGCAAGCUCUCUUUAUUAAGGAGCAUAACGCAGUCUGUGAUGCCCUCAAGAGGGAGUAUUCAGAUUUAGAUGAUGACGAGUUAUACAGACAUUCAAGAUUAGUGACCGCUGCUGUUAUUGCAAAGAUUCACACCAUUGAUUGGACAGUAGAACUUUUGAAGACUGAUACUUUAUUAGGAGGAAUGCGUGCCAAUUGGUAUGGAUUAUUGGGCAAGAAAUUUAAGGACACAUUUGGACAUGUGGGAGGAGCAAUAUUGGGUGGUCUUGUGGGGCUAAAGAAACCUAACAAUCACGGUGUUCCUUAUUCUCUAACUGAAGAAUUUACGAGUGUUUACAGAAUGCACUCACUUCUUCCUGAUACUCUUGCCCUCAGGGACGUCUCAGCCGAGCCCGGGGUUAAUAAAUCUCCACCUUUAAUCGAACAGAUUCCUAUGGAAAAGCUGAUAGGACUAGAAGGAGAAGUAAAUAUAUCAAAAAUAGGAUUCUUGGCGCAAAUGGUAUCAAUGGGUCAUCAAGCUUGUGGAGCCUUAGAGCUGUGGAAUUAUCCAAUAUGGUUUAGAGAUAUUGUGCCACAUAAUGUUGAUGGCACUGAAAGGUCUGAGCAUAUCGACCUUGCAGCUCUUGAAGUUUACAGGGAUAGGGAGAGAAAUGUUGCACGGUACAAUGAUUUCAGGAGAUCCCUGCUGUUGAUACCAAUAUCCAAAUGGGAAGAUCUGACGGAUGAUAUAGAAGCUAUUCAAGAACUAAGUGAAGUGUAUCAUAAUGAUAUUGAAGAACUUGAUCUUCUAGUUGGUCUCAUGGCAGAGAAGAAGAUCCCUGGAUUUGCUAUUAGUGAAACUGCAUUCAUCAUAUUCCUUGUCAUGGCAACGAGGAGGCUAGAAGCAGACAGGUUUUUCACAAGCUAUUUCAAUGAAGAAACGUACACGAAGAAGGGACUGGAGUGGGUGAAUACUACAGAGAGUCUAAAAGAUGUGCUUGAUCGUCAUUACCCAGACAUGACAAAGAAAUGGAUGAAUUCACAAAGUGCUUUCUCUGUUUGGGACUCUCCUUCUGCUGUUCAUAACCCCAUUCCUCUUUAUCUUCGUGUUCCGAAGUGAUCGGGGCUGAUCGGCUAAAGAUUUGAUUCUGUGAUUUUGAUUGAAUAAAUAAUGGUGGUUGUGUUAAAUUAUUUAUUUGUUUUUAACAUAGCUAAGUGUUUCUUCUCGUUUUGAUCAAUGUUCAAAGCUUCCUUUACCAGCAAGUAACUGAUGUUUGUUUAAUUGUUUGGUAGGAAGUUAGUUCUUUGGUUUUGUAAUCCAGUUUUCAGUUCUUAAAUCAAUAAAACUUGGUUUUUUUUUU